AAAAAAUGGCGCUUUACAAAUAGUCAAGUAAUAAUAUUGUUAAAGCCGUCGUUGCAUCAUUAUUAUGAUUCAAAUUUAGAUAUGUCACAUGAUUGUAAAGUCACGUGUAAAAUAAUUAAAAAUAAUAUUGGUUGUUACUAGAUCUAUUUAUUGUUGAGAAUAACUUUAAUAAGUUCUUGAAUCUUUCUGCACAUAGAUAGAUCUAGAUUAUAAUGAAAUCUAAGCUUAUACUGGAUUACACACAGUUGAAUCGACAUUCUAGUUACAGUUUCUUAAGAUUGACUGGACAUGGGAUCUCCCUUGCGUUUGUGUUCACUGUCUGUCUUACAACCUUGACAUUCAAUUAUUCUGAUGGUUUCAUUCCUAUUUUGAAUUGUUCCAGCGUGUUGAAUGUCAGCUGUGAAUUGUGUAAACCUGGAACCUUUGCAAAUAUAAGUACUGUUCACUGCGGUUGUUGUCGGUACUCAUCUCAUGGUGUUUGUGUUAAUGCAUCUUCCUGUACAGAGUGUCCAGUAGGGGAGCACCAAAGUCGUUAUGGCUCACUGAGCUGUGACAUUUGCCCACCUGGCACUUCGACAAACAAUCAAACCCACCAAGAGAGCUGUGCUAAAUGCAGCCCUGGACACUAUUCUAAUGAGAAUGGCUCUGCUUAUUGUAGCCCAUGUCAAGAAGGAUAUUACUCUAAUCAGACAGGUUCUGCUAACUGUAAGGCAUGUCCCCUUGGCUCUUUCUGUAAUGAGACUGGCUCGGCACAGUGUAGCCCAUGUCCAGAAGGAUAUUACUCCAAUCAUACAGGCUCUACUAACUGUAAGGCAUGUCCUGUUGGCUCUUUCUCUAAUAAGACUGGCUCUGCUCAGUGUACAUCCUGUAGUCCCGGUUAUUAUAACAAUGAGACAGGGUCCACUUCCUGUGAACCGUGUGAAGCUGGUUACUACUCAUUCAACACGUCAGAGUGCCUGCCUUGUGAUGCUGGGUCUUACUCUGCUGCUCCAGGCUCCAGCGUCUGCAAACAAUGUCCAGCAGGUUCACACCAGCCCAAUACAGGCCAAUCAGGUUGUGAAGGUUGUCCAGCAGGCUCCGAAACAAGAGUUUCUGGUUCUGUAAAUUGCACGGGCUGUCUGCCUGGACAUUAUAAAAAUGACAGUGGGUUUGACGUCUGCCAGGAGUGUCCAAUUGGUUCACAUCAGCCUGAGUCUGGCCAAGAAAGCUGUAUAGGCUGUCCUGAAGGCUAUGAAUCUAGACUAAAUGGCUCUGCCAACUGUACUGCUUGUAUUCCUGGAUAUUAUAAAAAUGAGAGUGGAUUUGAUCUCUGCCAGGAGUGCCCUAUUGGGUUCAAUGCCAGUUCUGCUAACAGUACUUCCUGUGAACCUUGUCCUGAAGGCUACUACCAGAACCUGUCUGGCAAACCCUUGUGCAAUCCUUGCGAUGUAGGCACUUUCUGCAAUUCUACAGGAUGCAGUCAUUGUGAAGACUGUGAUCAAGGAACUGAGGCAUUAGUAGCUGGCUCCAAUAAUUGUACUUUAUGUAAACCAGGAAGCUUUAAGGAAUCCACUUCAGCGGAAAACUGUAAAAUUUGUAAACAUGGCUGGUUUACCACAAAAAGUGGCUCAUUGGAAUGCACAGAGUGUCCAGUCCACUACUUCUGUCCAACUCCCGAUCGAGAUAAGCAGCAAUGCUCACCCCAGGCUCUCUGUCCACCGGGGUCUGCAGUCCCAGGCUGGUGUCCGAGUCCUCUCUACGUGAAAGAAUCAGAUUAUGAUUGCAAAGCAUCUUCAGAGUUGAUUGGUAUUGUUGUAGGAGCCUGUAUAGUUUUUUGUCUUUUGGUUGCUUUUGCUGCCUUCAAACGUUAUCGUAAACGAAGCCAGACGAUCAAAAUUGAGAAUGCUGAACGCAGGCAGCUGGUUAGUCAAGAGGAGAGCUCUCCCCCUGUUUAUACUGGUCUGUGAUUUCAUUCAGAGACUAUGCUUUUGAGAUAUGAACAUUCCUGUUACCUGGCAACCAUCCGAAUGGCUUCCCAGCUCUAGCCAGUACAACAUGCCAGCAGCUAAAAGUUACAUAUAAACACAAGCACAUUGCUAGUACACUAGUACACUUGAUGUUUGUACACCUGUGAUUGUUAAUUUAUUUAUUAAGUUCUGUUAUGACUUUGACAAUGAUAUUUGUUGUUAGUCUUUUCUUAUUUAAACUGGUAGCAUUCUAACCCUAUGGACAUGGAGCUCAGACUUGCCCAAUGGAAUGAAAUCCUGUCCCCAAAAGCAAUGUGUUUUUUUUAAAACUUGUUCAAUUCAGUUUCCUUCUCUUAGGAAUGACUGAAUAUUUUUUUCCCCCAAAGACUGAGAUGUUUUCCUCAAGGCAUCACUUUUAUCUUUGGGAAGCAGUGGACAGAAAUGAAUUAAAGUAAUUAGAAUAGCUGUUUUUUUUUUUUUAAAUCAGAGCUUUAUAAGUGAACAUACACACACAUGUAAAAAAAAAUGUUUCCACUUUUUAACUUUAUAGAAACAUUAGAUAAAUACUUUGUACAAGUAUUUGAAACAUUAGAUAAAUACAUUGUACAAGUACUUGAUUUUGUUCAAUGCUUUUUUUUGUUUCCUGAACAGAUUAGUAUGGAUACAAAAUUUUAACCCUUUGGGUCAAGAUUUUAAAGUUUUAUUUCUGUGGUUUUUUUUAUAUUCCAUCUUGUUCAAAUUUUAACCACUUGGUGUAUUGUCAUUAUGUUGUUCACUAGCUUUGGUGUUCCAGUAACUUUGAUGUUACAGUGUGACACUGAAUUGUGUAGAUCUCCAGUUGCAGUGAUUGUACCUAGCUGUUUUCUCAUUCCCAUGUUGACAGAUGUAACACAAUCCUUGUUACAAUAUUGAAUUCCAAUGAAAUAGAUUUUAUGAACACCAAACUGUAAUAGGAACUAAAAUGAAAAUAGUAGAACACAUGAGUAGAUACUAGUUGAAAUUCAUCAUUGUAAACAAAGGUCAAGGCUAGGCUUGCACUUGUCAUGGCUUGUAACAGUUAGUUUUGCUUUGUUAGACUGAUUUGAUUGAAGUGUUAGUUCUAUAUUGUGGCAUGUCUCAGGGAAAAAACAUUUUUUUUUUAGUAGUGAUACUUGGAUAUUUAUUAGCAAACCCAAUGGCCAAAAAUGUUUUGUAAGUUUUGAGCUAACAUAAGAAAAAUGUUUUGUAAGUUUUGAGCUAACAUAAAAAAAAUGUUUUGUAAGUUUUGAGCUAACAUAAGAAAAAUGUUUUGUAAGUUUUGAGCCAACAUAAGAAAAAUGUUUUGUAAGUUUUGAGCUAACAUAAGAAAAAUGUUUUGUAAGUUUUGAGCCAACAUAAGAAAAAUGUUUUGUAAGUUUUGAGCCAACAUAAGAAAAAUGUUUUGUAAGUUUUGAGCCAACAUAAGAAAAAUGUUUUGUAAGUUUUGAGCUAACAUAAGAAAAAUGUUUGCUAAAAAACAACUUUUGUUUCUGGUAAUGAACUCCAGAGAUUCUUAAAUACUCAUACAAGCUGUGCAAAUAAGUUUGUAGUGAACCAUUACUCAGUCUUUCGUCAACUCCAUUUAGCAUCCAGACAUCAAACACAUUGUUUGGUUGUUUCUUAUACAUUUAAGUCUGUUCAUGUGUGUCUGUUUGGUUGUUUCUUAUACAUUUAAGUCUGUUCAUGUGUGUCUGUUUGGUUGUUUUUUUUCUAUGAAAGAAAUUAGAUGCAAAGUUUAGGGAUGUCUGAUGUCUGGUUUCAAAGCUGGAAUGUUCAAACUGUUUUUUUUUUCUGAGCUGAUGUUAAGAUUAUUUCUAUUUAAAUCACAUUGUUAAAUGUAUAUGCCAAGUCAGUUCCAGCUAGACAUCUUUGCCUAAUGAUGUCGCUUCAGGAUAUUGAUGAAGAAUCUGAGUCAGUUCAAGUUCAUAGCUAGACAUCUUUGCCCACUAAUGUUGCUACAGAACAUUGAAGAAUCUGAGUCAGUUCAAGUUCAUAGCUAGACAUCUUUGCCCACUAAUGUUGCUACAGAACAUUGACAAAGAAUGUGACAGAAUGAAAUGUAAGGGUCAGCUGUGUGUGAGGCCCAUCUCAGCAUUUACUUUCCUACUUCAAUGAUACAAAAGAAAGUUUUCAUUGAAUGUGCAUUUUGAACAUCUUUACUAUGAAACACAUUUUCUACUAGUCUUUAGGCCAUUCUAAGCAGUUGGGACUUGCCAUGACUUGAAACUAUUGAUCACAAGAUUGAGACAAAGAGCUUCCCAGUUCAACUAUUACAUUUCUCAUGGCAGUAACAGUAGGGUGACAACAUUACUCGCACCUCUAGUCUUCACACCAGUUUCAUCCUCCAGGUCUGGCCAAAUUGACCAACAUGCUAUGUAACUGGUUUUAUCUUCUCUUUGUUAUAGUUAUUUUGUCUUAUUCAAUUUAAUGGAGUCCUUGAUUAGUAUGGUUUGUGGAGACUUAUUAAGUCACUUUUAGGGGACUUGUUGGAAGCUAUUUGAGACUCUCUGUAUUGUUUAAUAGAGUAUGAUGAAACAUAGUGUAGCUACUGUUGUUUCCUUUCCUAAAACUAUUAUGCUUUUGAAGGAGUGAAAACAAUCUUUUGAUUAAUGAAACCAAUCAGGUGAAACUCUGAAAAGACUUAGCUAGUCUCUGACUGCAGAUAUACCAAAGCUGUGGCUAAAUGUUGGAUAACUAACUCAAACUGCAGCUAGCCUCUCUUUUAGUUGACUGUGUACUACAGCAGCUUAAGUAAUCUAUGACCCACUCAGGACAAAGGAUUACACAACUAAGCAUUCCUCCAAUGAAACUCAAGGUGUCCUACUUAAUACCAGUGAAAAUUAUUGCAGCCUGUUAGGCUUCUGCUGUGAUUUUUAAGUCCUUCAUGUUUUGUUCCAUUCCAUCAAAACAAUAUUGACUUUUUUUUUCUGAAUUAAGAAGAUGUGUACAAGUUUUCAACAUUUGAUGUAGAAUCCAGGAUUUUAGGAAAUGAAGUUAAUUCUAUGGUCUGAUUUUUAUUACUUUAGUAGACAAGAUACAUUGGUGUUUUUUUGUGAUUUCUACUUGAGUUUACAGAAUUAGGUCACGGUGUAUAUUUAGUUGAUUCAGUGCCAUUGUUUGUUUUUUCUACCUUCAUGCUACUCAUUUUGUUUUUCUUGAGCAACGAGAAAUUUCUUUUGUAUGUUUUGAAUGUUCCUUCAGAUUUGAAUACAUCCUAGCUCUUACACAAUGGCAGGUGAUAGUGUCAGACAGGAUUUGAGCGAUGGAAUGAGUCCGGAACGCAUACCCAGGCAACCAUCUAGUUGUUGAAAUGAAAGAUGAAAAUGAAAAGUUGAAUAAUAAGUGACACAAAUUAAUUAUUUUUGUUUUGGCAGAUUACCACAUGAUGUUAAUGAUUCUGUAUUAUAAGUAUUAUUAUUUUAUUUUUUGUCUUGAGGCAACAGGAAAUGUAUAUUUGUUGUAAUGAAUGAAGCAAAUACUCAAAUUGUUUUUGGGCACAGAAAAGUUCAAUUUGUUUUAUUUUUUAUUAUUAAAAACCUGCGAGUAUUCUAAAAACUUUGCACCAAUAAAGAUGUGAAUUAAGCUACUGAUUUAAUCUUUGUUGCAGUUACAGCAAACAAAAGUUUGACUGUUACUUUAGCUUAAACUUCUAUGUUAUUUCAUUGUUAUAAAUGAACUAAUCUCUAUAUGGCCAUAUUAUUUGUUUCUUAUGUUGAAAUAAAUCUUUUUUUGUAACUUUUAAUUUGUUUGUUUGAACAAUGCCACUUAUCAGAUUUGGUUCAUUAGUUUUCUUCCAGUCUAAGAGCUAAGUUUUUUAUUUAUGGCUUCUUGGAUUUUCAAGCAGACGUGAAUACAGAAUGGAGUCAUAAAAAUUAAAACUUUGAGCCUUAUUUUAUUUUUCAAAAAAAAUUAUAACUUUAAGCCUUAAUGUAGAAUAAUGAGAUAUUAUAGUGGAUACCAAAUGAGUACGUUCGAGAGCCUCCAUUUGAUUAUCAAUGCUUUUGGGUCUCCCUUUACUAUGCUGUGGGAAGGACUUAGCCAUUUACCUUUAGGAACAGGGCUUGUAAAGCUCCUGUGUAAAUAUAAAAGCAGUGCACUAAAGAAGUCUUUUAGUUGUGUAGCAUUUCUGUCAAAAGUUAAUUUUUUUUUUUUUAAAUAUAAAAAGGGAGCUUAUUUCUGCAGUACUGAGAUAUGUGUCAGUGAUUUUGCUGUUCUUAAUAAUAAUAAUAAUUAUAGCUUUUAUAUAGCACUCUUUCAUGCUUAUUUGUGGACCAGGGGGAGGGGGUAUCUGGGAUAGAAGGUUUACUGUGCUGCCUUUAAGCGCUCAGUAAACACAACUCUGCCCGACUGAGCCCCCUUCAUAGGUAGCCAAGCCAAGUUUAAGCAGUUCUCGCUGCUUCCACUUCUGUUUUUGGUAAGAUUUUAAAAAAAAUAUUUUGCUUGUUUCAUUUUAUUGAACUUAGUCAAACAAGCUUAUUUCAAAGUGAAGUGACAUGAAUAUCUGAUCAAUGUCUAGUGUCUAAUAAAUUACAGGUGUGUAACAGACUCAAAACAUAAUUUGUAUUAAAAAGCUGGGGAAAGGAAAAUUAAGCUCAAAUUGCCCAGGAGAGCCUACUCCUGCCUAGCAUUGCUAUGUUCUCUCCCCACUUAAUGACCAACAACUUGUCUCUAGUGCAACAUUCUUUUCAUGUCAGAAUGCUACUUCACUGGCACAAAAACAUAGACUAAUUAAAAAAGCAUCGUAUAUCACUCAAAUACAGCUACCAUCUCUUGAAAAGCUUUUCCAAGAAUGAUGCAUUUCCAAAACACUCACGAUUCUUAAAGACAACCUGCACCCAUUAAACCACUGUUACAUAAGAUCUGAACGAAGUGGUCGUCUCCUUUCCAUUAGGACUAAAACAGAAAGAUUUAAAAACUCAUUUAUCCCACUAUUGGUUGUGACAAGAUCAGCUGUCGUCAUCGAGAAGUACAUAGAAGUCAAACUCAUAAAGCACUGGUUGUGAAUCUGUAUGUGUUUCGUGAGUGAAUGUUUGAAUUUUUCAUCCAUAUUGUUUUUGUAAAGUAGUUAAUAAUAAUAAUAAUCUUUAUUGUCCGUAUGGAAAUUUGUCUUACAACAAUUUGUGCAUUACACCAAACAAAAAACAUAACUAUAAGAAACCAAAGUGUACAUUCAAACCAGACUCACUCUGAGGUUGUCAAUUGUAGUCAAACUGAAUUUCCAUUUGAUUGGAUCAAUAAAAUUAUCUUAUCUUAAGAAGUGUUUUAGUGGUUGGUCUACAAGACAUUUUCAAUGCAUAUCUUCACAAUAACCAUUUUGAGAAGCAACUAACAAUUUUCAAUGCAACCUUGAAAGUUUUGAUAAACAUAAAAGGAAAGAAACAUAGUACUUUGUAAAUGGUCAUUUAUUAUGUUCAGAGAAGGUACAAGCCUGACAUGUAUAUAAAUCAGAAUAAUAAAUGUCAUUAGUCUAAAAAAAUGUUCUUGUCAUAAGACAUUUGUUGUAAGAUUGGUUCUCAAAUAGUCUUAGGCUAAACAUUCAUCACAACUGAAUAAAGACCUGAUCGUUGUACAACACUCAAAACUCUUGUGUGCAAGACAUCAAGUCUUGGAAGUUGUUUUUUUUUAAAUCCUAGUUCAAUUACUUUUAAAUUUAGUGACAGAAAGAAAACAAAAAUUAUUUCUUAAAAAAUGCAUCUUAAAAAGUUGCUUCUAAGAAACAUUCACCAAAAUUAUUUUUUUUUAAAUGAUAUCCCAAACAUUAGAACCAAUCUUUUGGCCAUUACCUUUCUAGUUUAGGAAAUAAAGUUUUAUUUUCAACCUAGGGUAUUUACUGAUUUAUUGACUUAUUUAUUUGGCUCCUCCAUUUAAAAAAACAAAACAAAA